UUGUUGAAUGGAUCUGAUUUUUCUAUUACCUUUCAUUAAAUUCGUCAGACUCAAUAUUCGUGAAAAUGAGUCAUCAAACUGAUUGAACUUUAGUUCUGUUUAAGUCCAAUGAAUUAUUUUCAGUGAAUUUUGAGGAGAUAGUGAUUCGGGAAUAUGAAAAAAGAUCUGUAAUCAGGCGAAAUGCAGCGUGUGUUGAGCUUGCAAGCAGCUCGAAGUUUCGGCGAGUCAACCGAAUUUGUGACAAAACGCAUGUGUUUUUCGUUUUUGUUCUCUAUUGGAUUUUUGUGCCUCCUUUGUGGGUUUUUGAUUGGGAGGUUUGCGGCACAGAGGGCUGUUGAUAUCAGAGCUGAAAGGGAACAAAAAGCGGUGGCUGGCAAUGGCCUUGAGAGUGGUGAGCAACUGCAGCAGCGGAUUAUUCAAGAGCUUGAGACGAGAGGGUUCGAUGGACCUACAGACCUCACGAGGAGCAUGAGAAACACUGCCCUGAGGAACGUGGAAACUAUGUUUUCAGCUUUAGAUUUCUUUUCGAAAUUAGGGGUUACUGGCGGUUGUUUAACUGCAAAAGUUAAUGGAUCGCUUGAAACAGACCGAUACGUUGUUGUAACGACUGGAGGGGAAGAGAACAUUGACAUUGUUAUCGAAGUAGUCGAGGAAUUACAUAAAUCGACUUCUGAUAAUGACUGGAAGCCACGCAGGACUCUAAUGUUCCUUUUAUAUGAGAAUUCAUUGAAUGACUGUCUCCAACUCUUUUCUGAUUACGAAAAAUCAAAAAUUGUGGCUCUGUUAGCUAUUGAUAAGACUGCAAUUGAUGGAAAUGGCUACUUCGUUUCUUCUGGAUCUGACAUAGUCCAAACAACUGUUCUCAAAUCCUUCGAAAAUUACGCUGGACCGAAAACUUAUGAGAAUACGUACUUGCCUCGGUUGAAGCUCAACAUCCCCCACUCUGUCAUCACUUUCAUGGGCUCUACAAAUGAUACAAAGUCCGAGGGUUCCCCUGAGCAUCAACAGCAAAUUACUUUUCAUCGGAGAAAUCUUGCAAAAAUUUUAGCGUCAAGUCUGUGGAACCUCUCCCACAUGAAUAUAUUCCAAUGGAAUCCUCGAAUUGUCGAAGACACAAUGAAAAGAGUAUUUUCCAAUUUAACAACACCUGAUCUACGUCCAUACAUUCAACAAAUUAAAGGAAAAUUGACGUCAAUUACUGAGUACGGACGAAUUCUGAAUGAUGAAAUCGGACAAAUCAAUGGAGUAAAGUCUCUAGUAGUGCGAAUGACAAACGACUUGCUGAAAGACGUGGAAAGAGCUCUCCUGUGUCCUGACGACAACUUUCAAUCACAAACUGACAUUACAUUAAUUGCCAAAUCACAGAAAAAUCAAGAAAUUAUUCAGAUUCUUGGGAAAAUGCUCUCGUGUUUCGAUACAGUCAUUCAAAUAUUACAGGACAUGACUUAAAUCGGAGUUCAAUAAACCAAAUGUGAUAGAAUCACGUCAAUUA